GGACUGGAAUCCAUUGUCUUUGAACCAUUCGGUGGGACAACUUCAGUUUCAUUAGUCUCAGAUGGUGCAGAAUGUGUAGCGAUAAGUAAAAAAUUUUUUAUUGAACAUUGUCCAACAAACUUUAUGAAUUGGUUAAGAUCUAAGGUAAGUAAGCAUAUUCAUGGAAAUUAA